GAGUGGGGAGGCCUGGAAGAAAGUAGCGAUUUUUUUUUUUUUUUUUUUUAAAUAGGCAUCACAUCCAGCACGGAGCCCAAUGCGGGGCUUGAACUCACCUCCCUGAGAUCAAGCCCUGAGCUGAGAUCAAGAGUCAGAUGCUUAACCGACUGAGCCCCCCCGGGCACCCAAAACAGAGAGAUUUUAUCCACCCAAAGAAAACAGUAUUUUGAAGCCCCUGAUGUUUCCCCUCGGUCAGCCCAUUUCUGUUGGUACUUACCACUAUCAUCAUUUCCCCACUUUGUUGUUUCCUUAAGUGAGGAGACUCGUUGCCCGGUAAACUCCCUUGUCCUCCUUAUGCAAGAAAGGAAACCCUGACUGAAACACAAAGCCGCAGAACAAAUUAAUAUUAUUAUGCCUUCGGGCUGAACUUCCUUAAAAAAAAAAAAAAACAGAAAUGGAUUCAUUUUCCUUAGAUCUUAGCAACAAAAUAGUACUGGACUCAGAAACUGAUGAGAGAAGGAGAGAGAGAGAGAGAGAGAGAGAGAGAGAGAGAAUGAAUUCAUCCCAACCAUCUACAUCACAAGGCACAGAGAAAGGACACUUCUCUUCCCAAAGGCUCUUAUGGACUGUUGCUGGGGUCUCCAUUCUACUGCUCAGUGUCUGUUUUAUCACCAGAUGUGUUGGUUCAGUCAAGAAUUGUUGUCCGUCGAGCUGGAUCCAUUUUCAAUCUAGCUGCUACUUAUUUUCUACUAACACCAUGUCCUGGGCAUCAAGCGUAAAAAACUGCUCAAACAUGGGAGCACAUCUGGUUGUUAUCAACACACAGGAGGAGCAGGAAUUUCUUUUCUACGCGAAACCGAAAAGGAGAGAGUUUUAUAUUGGACUGACAGACCAGGUGAUUGAGGGUCAGUGGCAAUGGGUAGAUGGCACACCUUUCACAGAAGCUCUGAGCUUCUGGGACGAAGGGGAGCCCAACAAUAUAGUUACAGUGGAGGACUGUGCUACCAUACGAGACUCUUCAAAUCCGAGGAAAAAUUGGAAUGACGUGCCCUGUUUCUUCAAUGUGUUUCGGAUUUGUGAAAUGCCUGAAAUAAGUGCUUUGAAUAACAAAAAAAUCUUCUGAGAACAGAAAGCACAACUGAAAUGCAUAAAUACAGAGGCACAAGAGCAUGAACACAACACCAACAGGAGAAAACUGUGCACUGCACUUUAUAAGGACUACCUAGGGACUUCAUAAGGACUUGUCGCUUUUGAUAUAAAUAAACUAAGUAGUUUUGGGGCGCCUGGGUGGGUCAGUCGGUUAAGCCUCUGACUUUGGCUCAGGUCAUGAUCUCGAGGUUCGUGAGUUCGAGCCCCGCAUCAGGUUCUGUGCUGACAGCUCAGAGCCUGGAGCCUGCUUCGAAUUCUGUGUCUCCCUCUCUCUCUGUCCCUCUCCUGCUCGCACUCUGUCUCUGUCUCUCAAAAAUAAAUAAACAUGAAAGAAAAAUUUUUUUUAAAAGAUUUUAAAUAAAAUAAGUAGUUUUGAAUGAUAUAA